GAACGGACGGCGCAAAGCCAGCGUUGAUCGAGAGUGCCGGGAGAGUGUGAUUUCGAAUUCGUGUACUUGACCCUCCAUGUUAUAUAUAUAAAUAACUAUUUUUUUAAUAAAUAAAUUUAAUAACUGCGUGGAAAAAAUAGAAAAAAUAAAGGGACAAAAUGGAUCCCGAAGCUUUCCUAGAUAUGGCCAAUCAGGUCAUUAAAUUAAAAAUGUUCCCUUACUUUGAUAUCGCGCAUUGUGUACUGUGCGCGUUACACGUCAGAGAAGAUUUAGGAUCCGGAGCCCAAGCAUUCUCGAGAAAACAUCCUUUAUCAUGUUGGCUCUCUACAAUGUUGGUAGUCUUCGCUGGUGGAAUGCUGUGUAACGGACUUCUAGGAGAAUCUAUUGUUGCACCCUUGAAAAAUACGCCACAGUUGGUAGUUGCGACAGUUGUCUGGUAUGUAAUAUUCUACACGCCUUUUGACAUUGGAUACAAGGUCGCAAAAUUUUUACCAAUUAAAAUCGUAUGUUCAGCAAUGAAGGAAAUUUACAGGUGUAAAAAGGUUUACGAUGGUGUGACACAUGCAGGAAAACUGUAUCCGAAUGCAUAUCUUAUUAUGAUACUCAUUGGAACCCUAAAAGGUAAUGGAGCCGGAUUCACGAAACUUUUUGAACGACUUAUUCGUGGCGUAUGGACGCCGACAGCGAUGGAAUUCAUGCAACCGAGCUUCCCAACCAAAGCAUCGAUGGUCGCGUCGAUCAUAUUCGUCCUUGAUAAAAAGACUGAUCUCAUUUCGGCGCCUCAUGCAUUAGUCUAUUUUGGAAUUGUCAUCUUUUUCGUCUACUUUAAGCUCUCUUCGAUUUUGCUUGGAAUUCACGAUCCGUUUGUUCCAUUCGAGAAUUUAUUCUGCGCCCUUUUCCUCGGGGGCAUUUGGGACUCUUUGGCAAAGUUGAUGGGACGUGGCCAAGCGAAGGAUGAAAAAGCUGACGCGAAGAAAACGAACUGAAGAGAGUUUUCCCAACUCUAAUACAUAAGUUUGUUGCUCUUGUUGACGACACAAUCAUCGAUCAGUCAACAGCAACUUUAUGCCCUGUGUUUGUUAAUCAAACAAGAUUCUACUGUUGAUAUUUUAUUUUACAACGCGUACCCACAUCUUGCAUAAUAUCAUGUACAGUACUGCGAGUAUUGCGGCGUUUUAAUCUCAAUUGCAACGUAUCUCGAUGCUAGUCAUUACCUGCUUGGUAGAGAACUCAGAAUCAAGUUGUUUACUAACGCGAGGAACACGAUGGAAACAAUAAUUCUUCAUUACUAUUAUCUCAAUCUUUAUUUAUUUUAAUAUAUUAGAACAAUCGAGUGUCAAGCACGUGUGAAACUGACGAAAUUUUUAGAAAAAACGAUUUUAAACAAAGUCUCCGUACUCAGUAACGAUAGGGAGUCAAUUUAUACACCGGAUUUUAACCACGAAAAUACAUAUGACGAGAGAAGCAUAUUGCGCAUUCGAAAUUUGAUAUCUUUAUGAAUUGUUAACAUUGCUUCAACGGUACACGUUUCAAUGUACAUUUUGAUAAAAAUAAACUGUAUAUUAUAAGAAAA